AUGCCCGAAAUCCAUGUGGAUGCCUUGAUCGUGGGUGCAGGAUUGGGAGGCAUCUACCAAUGCUACCGUCUCCGCCAGCUGGGUCUGGUUCCCAAAGUCAUUGACAUGGCCGGGGACGUCGGGGGCACAUGGUACUGGAAUCGCUACCCCGGAGCCAUGAGCGACACCGAAAGCUACCUCUACCGUUUCUCCUGGGACGCAGAAGACCUGCAAACGUAUCCAUGGACGCACCACUACCUGCAGCAAUCCGAAAUCCUCGCCUACAUCCACCACGUCGUCGACAAACACGAUCUCCGAAAGCACAUCCAAUUCAACACCGAGAUGGUGUCAGCAGAGUGGAUCGAAGCGAGGCAGCACUGGCGGGUCGAGUGCGCCACAGGCGACGUCUUCAUCGCUCGCUACCUGGUGACCGCGCUCGGGCUGCUCUCCAAGCGCAACUUCCCCGACAUCCCGGGCAUCGCAGAUUUCCAGGGCGUGCUGAUGCACACGGCGUCCUGGAACCCCAUCGACCUGAGCGGCAAGCGCGUUGGCGUCAUCGGCAACGGAUCGACCGGCACGCAACUCAUGACGGCCAUCGCGCCCGUCGUCAAGCAGCUCGUCAGCUUCCAGCGCCAUCCGCAAUACUCGGUUCCGAACGGGAACAAGCCGGUGAGUCCUGAGUAUCGGAAGUGGGUGAACGACCACUACGAUGAGAUCUGGAAGCAAGCCUUCGAGUCCAGCACCGCUUUCGGCGUCGUCGAGUCAACCAGGCCGACCAUGUCGGUGUCGGCGGAGGAAAGGCAGAAGAUCUUCCAGGAGCUGUGGGACCAGGGCAACGGGUUCCGGUUCAUGUUUGGCGGGUUUGGCGACAUCACGACCAGCGAGGAGGCCAACGAAGAAGCGUGCCGAUUCAUCCGCCAGAAGAUUGCCGAGAUCGUCAAGGACCCCGUCAAGGCGAAGGCCCUGCAGCCGACCGACUACUAUGCCAAAAGGCCGCUGUGCAACAACGGCUAUUACGAGAUCUUCAAUCGAGACAACGUCGACCUCGUGGACCUUAAAGCCACUCCCAUAGCCGAGAUCACCGCUGGUGGCAUCAGAACUAGCGAGACACUGCAUGAACUCGACGUCAUUGUCUUCGCAACGGGCUUCGACGCCAUUGAUGGCAACUACACUCGCAUUUGUAUUCGGGGUCUCCGGGAAACCAUCAAGGAGCACUGGGAUAGCGGCGCCACAAGCUAUCUCGGUCUAUCUGUUGCAGGGUUUCCCAAUUUCUUCAUGAUCAGCGGGCCACAGGGCCCGUUCUGCAACAUUCCACCCGCCAUCGAGAGCUUCGUUGACUUUAUAACAGCUGCAAUACAGCUUGCAGAGCAGAACAGACUUCAGGGAGGAAGGGUGCUGCUGCUCGAACCGAGCUUGGAUGCUGAGAGUGAAUGGGGCAAGCUUUGCGACAGGUUGACCGAGGGGAGUCUGUUCAAGAAAACGUCGAGUUGGAUUUUUGGCACCAAUGUUUCGGGGAGGCAGGAACGUACCAAGUUCUACUUUGGUGGUCUGAAGCAAUACCGAGAGGUUUGUCGGCGUGUCAUGGAGGGAGGAUUUCAGGAAUUUUUAGAAAGUCGAAAGGAACCGGCGGCCAUCCCGUUCUCACAGAGCUCAUUAUCUCAGCAGCUGAGCUCAGUAUGA